CACUCACUCACUCACUGCCUCUUUUUCUUCGUAUUAUUUUCUCCUCUCUCAAACAGAGUAACCUCUCCAAUGUCCAAUCCAAUCCAUCAAAGCAUUUCAUAAUGAACAAAGAUCUAUGCCACUAGACCACCACCUCUUCUUAGAAGAAAUUAAAAUGGCACAUCGUUACCCAAAACCCCUCUUAGACACCCUCUACUGCUUAAAAGACCAUAUUCAUUGGGAGGAAGAACAAGUAGAAGAUGAUGAGUACAGUAGUAGCACAACCACAACAAUCACAAACACAAACACAGACACCUCCUCUGUGGUCUUUUUAGAACACGACCUCUUCUGGGACCGCGAGGAGCUAUCUUCUCUUCUCGCCAAAGAACACCAAAACCAACUCUCGAAUACUCUCCAAAAAAACCUCGUUUUAGCCUCAUCUCGACAAGAAGCAGUGGAGUGGAUUCUGAAAGUGAAUGCCCAUUAUUCCUUUUCUACCCUCACCGCGGUUCUCGCUGUUAACUACCUCGAUAGGUUCCUCUUCAGCUUCAGAUUCCAGAACGACAGCAACAACAAUCCUUGGCUCACACAACUAGCCGCAGUAGCUUGUCUCUCUCUCGCUGCCAAGGUUGAAGAGACCCACGUGCCCCUCUUUGUAGACCUCCAAGUGGAGGAGAGUAAGUACUUGUUUGAAGCGAAAGCGGUUAAUAGAAUGGAAAUCUUAGUGCUUUCAGCACUUGGAUGGCAGAUGAACCCUGUAACACCUCUCUCGUUUCUUGAUUACAUCACAAGGAAACUUGGGUUAAAGGGUUAUCUGUGUUUGGAGUUUCUUAGAAGGUGUGAAACCGUUCUUCUCUCUGUUUUCGCAGAUUCUAGAUUUAUGGGUUAUCUACCUUCUGUGGUGGCAACUGCUACAGUGAUGCGCGUGGUCAAUAUUGUGGCGUCUCGUCUAGGAGUGGAGUACCAAGAUCAGCUCUUGGGUAUUCUGGGAAUCGACAAGGAGAAGGUGGAAGAAUGCUACAAGCUGAUGAUGGAGGUUGUGUCUGGGUACGAUGAGGAGGGAAAACGAUCCAAGUUGAAGAAACGCAAGUUUGAGUCGAUUAUUCCUUGUAGCAGCCAAAACUGCGUAAAGGAAGAGUCAUUUAGCUGUGAUAGUAGUUCCAAUGAGUCUUGGGAGUUAGGUGCAUCUUCUGUUUCAUCCUCCAGCAAGAAGACUAGGUCUCAAGAUCAGCUUCUAUUGAACCAUUCAAACUCAUCAGAUUUUCUAAGCAUUCCUCGCUAGUUAUUAAUUUCAACUUCCACUUCAUCUA